AUGUGGUCCGCGUUUAAAAACUUGUGUAACAUUGGUGAGUUUGUAGAGCCUGCCUCCGUUUUUCAAUGCCCCGAUGGAUUGAACCUUAUUACACCCACAUACGCAGUUGUUUUAGACAAUCUACAUUCUGGUCUUGAUGAAACUGAUACAGCCGCUCGAGAAAAUGUGAAUCCCCAACUCUCUGAGUCUGCGCCAAAUCAAGCUAUGUUAUCAUCUAAUCAUUAUGAAAGCACUGCCCAAGAAGCAUAUCACAUUGAUGUGGAGCACCUGCGCAAUAUUCAACGUAGCUUCGUCUCCUUUUGCUCUAAAAGCCUCAUGGAUGAUUUGGGACCUUCUGUAAAGUCUGUGGACGUUAUCACCCCGGAUGUGAUUAUACCUUCUGCUUUGUCACCGAAAGCGCCAAAGGCUAUUGACCGUCUUACUCGAAGGUUUACGCAACAUACUAAUUCUCAGGCCUUAGAUGCGAAUGGAAUUCCUCGCUUUGGUGUGCUUUCUUUUUUUCCACAAAGCCCAAUGUUUGCUUGUGUUCCUGUGUUUUCAAGGCUUUCUGGAAAUCAGUCAGCUUCUCCAGAAUCAAUUCUUUCCAACUCUAUUCGAUUAGCUGCAAAUCAUCAGUGUUUACCAGUGUGGCAGUUGGCGCUCAGUCAGAUUGAUGAUGGUCAGAAUGAUAUAAGUUGUUUUCAAAUACCUCGUCAACGAAAUCGUACUUUAAGUAGUAAUAGUACAACUGCUGGAGUCAAAAAAGAUCACCAUAGUAAUGAAUCAGAAAGUAAUCAAAAUAUUACAGAUACAGCCAAGGCACUUAACGCUUCAGAAAAACCUGAUACACAUUCUGGUACUGGUCGUCAGUCAGUUGCUUCACCAGCCAGUGCACUCCGUCAUCUAGUUUCUACUACAACCCCAAAUCUUGAAUCUAGUGUUAACUUGUCUACCAAUCCAUUGGUCAAUACACCUAGUUCUCGUCUUGAACCACCUCUUCUACGUAGUGCCGCUCAACGUAGCGUAUAUCCUUCACCUAACAUUCGGCAUAUCCGUGAUUCUCCGUUGGUACUCAGAUCGAAUCUACAAUACUUCAAUCCCGCUUCACAGAGUCCCGGUAUGUUAACUUCUUCUUCAACACCAAGGCCACUUUCAAGUCAACAAACGUCUACAGGAUGUCGAGCUGUUGAGAAUACCAUUCCUACUGACCUUGCUACUAGUGGAGGUCCCCGGACAAGGUCUCAGGUGGCGGCAGCAGCAGCUGUAGCAAGAGCUUCUGGCAUUCAACGCAGAUCGAAUAGGUUUUUGAGGAGCCGAGGUCAUAACCGGAAGUUAGAUUCUAAACUUUUACCAUCAGAAUCCAUGGAAAAUUCUGUUAGCCUACAACCUAAAGUAAAUUGUCCCAACUCGUGUCCUAUCUCUAAUUCCCCUAAAACGAUGCAUUCUUCUGUCAUUGAAGAUGUACCAGCUUUCGGAUAUAGUAAUCACUACAAAGUACCUUUAUCAGUUGAAGCUGCAUAUGAGAAAGAUGAUCCUCGUACACAGUCGUUACAGCAGUAUCUAAGUUUGUUAAGUCAACUGGGUAAGGCUUAUCAGAUGUUGGUAAGACAUCAGUGGCGUUCAGCGACCCGUCUACUUUUAAAACUUCCAAGCUCCCAACUUCAUACUGGUCGAGUUUUAGCAUGGGCAGCUCGUGCACAUAUGGAUAAUGCAGAUUACCAGACAGCUCACAAAUUAUUCAAUGAAGCGCGUCGUUUAGAACCAUGGCAGCUUUGUGGAAUGGAUUUCUACUCAACAGUAUUAUGGCAAAUUCAAGCUGAUCAAGAACUUUCACAAUUAGCUCACGACCUAUUGGAACUUGAUCGUAAUGCUCCUGAACCUUGGUGCGUAGCAGGUAAUUGCUUCUCUUUACAAGGUGAACAUGAAACUGCUAUUAAAUUCUUUCGUCGAGCACUGCAGAUUUCACCUACAAGUGUUUAUGCUUGGACACUUUUAGGACAUGAACAAUCAACUUUAGAAGAAUUCGAUAGAGCAUUAGCUGCAUUUCAGUAUGCUUUAAGAAUUGAUCCAAGACAUUAUAAUGCUUUAUUCGGUAUUAGUAAUGUUUAUUAUAAACAAGAGAAAUUUGAUUUAUCUGAAAUUUAUUUAAUUCGUGCUGUUGCACUCUUUCCACAAUCACAUAUAUUAUUAACAAAUCUUGCUGCUUUACGCAGUCGAUUAGGUCGAUUAGAUGAUGGUUAUGGAAGUGCUAUGGAUUUAAUUAAUAGAGCAUGUAAAAUUCAAUCAAAUAAUCCAUUGGCUAGAUAUCAUAAAGCUUCUAUUCUAUAUCAUCUUGGACGUUAUUCAGAAGUUUUAUCAGAACUUCAAAAGUUGCUUGUUCUAACACCACGUGAAGCUAUGGUCUAUUUAAUGAUUGGACAUACAUAUAAAAAACUUGGUAAUACACCACAAGCAAUGAUUCAUUAUUCUUGGGCAAUGGAAUUGGAUCCAAAAGGUGCUAAUACUCAUCUAAGAGAUAUCAUGACAAAUCCACCGAUUUCAGCACGUACUUCAAGUCGACAAGGUACUUCUGAACCUGUAAGUGGAGGUGGUGUUGGUCAAAGUAUAAAUCAUCCAAUCAGAUCACAUCUUAGUUCAUUUCAAUCUGGUAUAAGUAUUAACUUUGAUGAAGAUGAUGAAAGUGAAGUGAUGGAGAGAAUUUCUGGGACAGAUGAAGAAAUGAUGAAUAGUUUACUACAUCCACCACAGAGUACAACACGUUCUAGUCUAAUUCAUCGGUUAACUGAUUUCUCUUUGUUAUAUGAAACAACAGAAGGUUAUGAACAAGAUCCUGUAAUGUCAGAUGCCGAUGAAGAACAUUAUGAUACUAUGGAUUUAAGCAAUGGAGUGGAUAAUAGAACGGAUGAUUGA